AUGGCCCAGCCAAGUGAUCAAACAGUGAAUGAAACCCAGACGCUGUUUGUAACCGGCUUGCCCGUGGAGCUGUUGGACCAAGUUCGCUCGAACAUGAGUUUUGAGGAUGCUUGUUCAGCUCAACUCGCCCAAAAGGCGUUUUGCCCGUCUGCUAGCAGGAGAUUGGUACAUACCUUGCGUGUCACGCCCACCGACGCCAGUGUAGAAAAGCUCUCCGUGACAGCGAGCUCUGAAUGGGCGGAGUCCUGCUGCUUCACCAAUCUCGAGUCUCUUUCGCUCGCAAAUUACGGCAUCUGGAGCGAAGUUCAAGUAGAGUGGAUCUUCCAGCACCAGAAAACUUCGGAGAGUUUAAGCCUCAUCGUCUGUCCCAUCAUCUACCUCUUUGUUUGCAAGACUACGCGGGAGGAGCUGGCAUAUCCUCAGUGGGGCAAUGAAGAUCCACAGCUAAAUUCGCAUGAAGAGGAAGUCCUCGACCUCCUCUACAAGCCUUUAUAUGAGAAGGUCGCGCCUGGGGUGUUCCUGACUAAGUUCACGUGGGCGCAGUGUUUCAAACUGAUCAAUGACAAGCUUCCUAACUUGACGCAUUUCAGGUUCGACAGCCGCGGUGGAACAUUGUUUCAUCUGGGUCUUGAUGACAGUGAGCUCGUCAAAAGAGAGAAUCGGUAUGGCUGGGUUGAGGAGAGAUAUCACUACUACAACUUUCGUGGAGAUGCGCGGCGCGUCAUGAAUCACGACAUCGCGGGUAUGCCCGGCCGUACUCUCCACCCUUAUUCCGACAUGGACCAAGGUGCAAGCGGUGUUGACAAACAACAUCAAGAAGAUGCGGCAGCUCUUCGAGAUCUUUUAAAGAAAACCGGACAAUUUAAGUCAGAAGAAUCGAAGGAACAAUUUCGGAAGGAUUUCGAAGAGUUCGACUGGUCGCCAAAGCGAGAUUAUGGUCCUGGAUACCGUAUGAUUAAUUGGAGGCCGCCCCCGAUUGAGUCGGCCUAACAUCUCGGUCCAGGCCACUCUUCUACGCCUCAUAUCUCAUCUGCCUCCUUAUCUCUU